AUGAAUUGUGGUCGCAGCUUUUGUUGCAAGUCCUUCUUCUAUUCCCGAGUUAAUCCAGAGCCCUUCGUCACUAACCCAACAGUGCCAGCUGCUGUUGUACCAAAUACCCCGCUGGUGCUGUUGGUGACAACUCAGCUUAUGCAGGACCAAGGCAAUCCUCACUCCAGGAAUGCUAGGUUCAAGACCUGCCGUCCCUACUGCUGCUCUCAGGCAAACGAAGGCUCUGAAGACAGUGGUGCUGCUGCUGCUCAUGAGUCUGCUCUUGUUCGACCAAGUUCUAAGUGUAAGGAGAGUUUUGGUGUGUGUCUAACAGGUGUUCACCACGUGGGACUGCUGGGUGAAGAAGGCCUCUGGAGGGCUGCAGCAGGAUGCCAGGCCUUCAUCUCCUCCUACAUUCGGCAUCCCCAACAGCAGGAGUGUUUCCACCUCUCUGGAUGGGACCAGAAGGCUCGGAGGCCAGCAGGGAACGACAUAGGAGAAGAACUGAGCAGAGCCCAGACCCUCAAAGAACAGCUCCAGAAGCUCCAGGAAGAGUUUUAUCACCUGCAUUGGAGCAUAAAGGAUGUCACCGAGCGUGCUCUCCAUGAAGCCCUGAAGCAGUCUAAGCUCCCAGGCUUUUCUGGAUUAGCUGUUCAAGAGGUCAUCAAUCAAGUCUUGGAGAAGCUGGAAGAAAGCCAAGUCCCAGUGACUGAUUACGCCCUCAGAUCAUCAGGGGCUGCUGUCAUUCCCGAAUGCACAAGUCCAUCCUUCCGGAAUAGGGCAGAAAAAGUCAUCUUGUAUUCCCUGCCACUGGUGGAUUAUGUGAGAUCUCCUGAGCUUAUUCUUGAGAAGGAAAAUCAUCUAGGAAACUGCUGGCCCUUCCACGGAAGUCAGGGACACGUCCUCAUCAAGCUCUCUGUGCCAGUCAUUCCCAGAGCAGUCACCAUGGACCAUGUCUCAGGGCCAGAGCUCCAUGGAGACAGUAUGUCCAGUGCUCCAAAGGACUUUGCUGUCUACGGGGUGACGGAAGAAAAGGAGGAGCAGUUCCUGGGACAGUUUGUUUUCCUGGCACCACUGAAUCCCACCCAGACCUUUCGGCUAAAGAACGAGCUCUCCGGGUUUGUGAAUUACAUCCUGCUGCAAGUGCUGAGCAACUGGGGCCACCCGGACUACACCUGCGUGUAUCGGUUCAGGGUGCACGGUGAUCCUCUCAGCGAGGAGGGGAAGGUGCCACUUCGAUCUGACAACAAAGCUCCUUGAUUGUCAUUGAGUGUUUUGCCUGUGA